CAAGUUUCUCUAUUUCAACAGUACUAGUUCGCUUGUUCAUAAUGCCGGACACAGUUCGUCAAAUACCUAUUUCUAAUGACCGCUACCAGUGCAAUUCGGGUAGCUGUACUUCUUCACCGAUUGUUUCACCUUCACACAGCUUUAAUCGUUCUAAAUCAACAUUUUAUCUCCUAGAUAGACGGACUUCUCCACCACCAGGUCGAUUGUUACAACCACAUAAUGGUGAGGUCGGAACAAUUAAUUGGUACAUAACGUUCUUUUGGAAAUUAUUUAAAUCAUUCCUAGGUUUAAAGUGGAUAAAUACAUUACUACUGCGAAUUUCAUCAAUGUGGUUAUGUUUUUGGUUAAUAUUGACAUGGAAAUGUAUAAGAAUACCUUUGGUAAUUUCAAAAUAUAUUUUACGCUUUUGCUUUGCAACAAGAAAACAUAAAGGAGAACAACGUACAGUGUUGAUAAAUGGAGGAAGCACUGUACAAACAUUGCAUUUAGCAAGAAACUUUUAUCUAACUGGCGCCAGAGUUAUAUUAUGCGAAAUAGAAGGCUUUGCAGAACUCUCUUAUUUUUCAAUAGCAGUCGAUAAUUAUUACACCAUACCGAAGCCGAACGAUGACAACUGUGUUCAAUAUGUAGACGCUUUAAGAUCAAUCGUAGAAAAGGAACGGGUUAACUUUUAUGUGCCUACAGGAACCACAGUAUCAUCAUACUACGACGCGGUAGCAAAAUCUCAUUUGGAAUUAUUAGGAUGUAAAUGUUUCGCGCCAGGACUCGACGGAAUUUCUAUUUUAAAUGAUUUAUCCGAAGUGUUUCACAAAUGUGAAAUUGAAGGCAUGUUAGUUCCAAAACAUUUAAGAGUUUGUUCUAAAGAAGACAUUAUAAAAUUGUACGAUAACGUAUCAUUUCGGGCCGACAAACAUUUCAUUGUCAAUAUUGGAUUGUCCGGGUGUAAAACUAAACACAGUUUACAAUUGCCAGCAACCAGAAAAUCCUUGAAGCUGCCAGGAACGGUUUCCGAUGACUGUCCGUGGCUUUUGGUACAAAAUUGUCUCGGAACUUAUUAUAAUACAUGCACGACAGUGCAAAAUGGAAAAGUUAUUGCAAAUGUGACGUGUAAUAUACGAAACGGUAAUAUCAUGCAAAACGAAUUGAUUGAUAAUUGGGUGGUACAUUUUAUUUCAACGUUGUCAUUUUCGUUUGACAGCAUUCUGACUUUUAAAAUUUGUAUAACACCUUCGAAAAAAGUGAUACCAUUAGAAUGUCAAAUCGGAGUACCCAUAAUAUACACGUUUUAUAAAAGUAAUUUAGAAAAAAUAAUAUUUCCACCGUGCGCGCAUCAAUCAUUAUCGCCAAAAAUGGAAAUAACCGAAAGAUAUUACGUUACAAAAUUGAUCUACGAAACAGUUAUUUAUAUGAAUACGUUUUAUUCAAUUAAACGUUUAUUGAACAUUUUAAUCACAAAAAAAGAAAUGUUUUUUACAUAUUGGGAUCCAUUGCCGUUCUUUGUUUAUUAUAAUUUACAAUUAGUUAUAAUUAGUAUACAUAAUGUCUUAGAUAAGUCAAAAUUAUCGAAUCAGAAAAACAAAUAUACAACAUUUUAAAUAGAUAGAUUUGUACAAAACUUUAAUUUAUUUU